AUGAUGGGGCACUAUUCUCCCCACUGACACCAAUGAUGGGGCACUAUUCCUCCCCCACUGACACCAACGAUGGGGCACUAUUCCUCCCACUGUGACGCCAACGAUGGGGCACUAUUCUCCCCCCCACUGACACCAACGAUGGGGCACUAUUCCUCCUCCCCACUGACACCAACGAUGGGGCACUAUUCUCCCCACUGACACCAAUGAUGGGGCACUAUUCUCCCCACUGACACCAAUGAUGGGGCACUAUUCCUCCCCCCCACUGACACCAAUGAUGGGGCACUAUUCCCCCCACU